AUGGCCAGUGCCAGCCUGGGAGACGACGUCUUCGAGGAAGAUGAGACGACAAACGAGUUCCAGUCGCUUAUGGCCGCCCAAUGUGGCCUUGAAGCAGGGGCGUUUGUAGUUUCGGGAACAAUGGCAAAUCAGUUGGCCAUUAGGACGCUAUUGACACAGCCGCCUUGCCGUGUUCUCGUUGAUUCGCAAUCACAUAUCGCCGCCCAUUUUCAAGAAGGCGGACUCGGUAUGAGUGGUGCCUCCCUCCAGACGAUCCGGCCAUCCAACGGGCGAUACCUGGUCCUGGAGGACAUCAUGACGCGAAUUAUCGUCACCAACGAUGUCCACAAAGGGCCGACACGAGUCAUCAGUAUCGAAAACACUGCUGGCGGCAGUGUAGUGCCUCUUGCUGAGCUGCGCCGGAUCCGCGAGUGGGCUGAUCGCAACCGCGUCGCGGUCCAUAUGGAUGGUGCUCGAUUAUGGGAGGCCGUAGCCACGGGGCGGGGCAGCCUGUCUGAGUAUUGUACGCUCUGCGACUUGGUCUCCCUGGACUUUAGCAGGAAUCUCGGUGCGCCCAUGGGCGCAAUGGUGCUUGGGUCAACCCAGCUCAUAGCCCGGCUGCGGCGAAUACGCAAGAGCAUUGGUGGUGCCCUCAGGCAGUCCGGUCCUAUCGCCGCAGCCGCGCAGUUUGCCUUUAUGGAGCAGUUUGGGCUGGGGCCCUGGGGAAGUCGAGGAAAGCUACGUGCCGUUCAUUUGCUGGCGAAGCAGGUGGGCCAAAUGUGGGUGGAUCUGGGAGGAGAGCUGCUGCGCGAGGUCGAGACGAAUCAAGUCUGGGUCAAUCUGGAUAAUGCAGACAUAACGGUUGAUCGAUGGAACGAGCUUGGGAGGAAGUAUGGGGUCAAACUGGAGGGGGAGCGAAUUGUUUUGCAUCAUCAGAUCUCGGCUGAUUCUAUCGAUCAGCUCGGUCUUGUAUUUGAGGAAGCCCUGAAAUUGCGUCCGAACUUGUGA